AUGUAACACGAAACAAACAGAAUUAGCGAGCUUGAAUUUCCUCGAGCCGCAUCGCCGAUCGCCCUGAGCGCAGCGUUGAGCAUCGAUCGUCUACAUCUUUAAUCGAUUUCAUUGCGAUAUCUUUGAUUAUCUACCGUAGUUUAAAAUCUAAAAUUGAAUCUUAAUUGUCAAUUGUCAACUCGAUUACAUUUUGCCCAACACUGGUCGAGUGCGCGCGUCACUUGGAACCGCAUGCAUUUAAAUCUGAAAGAUUUGGCGCACGAUCGUUCGCGCGCUUAUGCAGCAGAUAGAACAUAUUCUUUCUGUUUCGGGUCGUGAUCCUCCUCUGGAAGCAACAGAGUCGCUAAUGACAUUGACGUUCGUAGAGUAUAGCACGUUAAUAGGAACAUACAAUGGCGAAGUCAUCAAUAAUGUCACUAUAUAUUUCUUUAAAAUACACCCUGCGUUACGUAACACCAAUUUAACCCUUUGCACUCGAGAAGCGACCCUCGGACGCCACUAGAAUCUAUGCAGCGACUCGAGUGGCGACUGUGAGGCGACAAUCUUUGUCGAUGUAAGGAAAGAUAAACUGAUUAUACGUUACUAAGUUCAAUUUAUUUAAUAUUAAAAUCUAUCGUUUGGACUUGCCAGAUCAUUCCAGCGAAAGUAUCGUUAAGAUAGCGCAAAGGGUUAAGCCUGAGGGUUCCGAGGCGAAAGAUCUUCCUACGUGUACGUUGAUUCAUACAGUAUUAAAUUGCUUUUUGUUUUUUUAUUUAGAUUUACUUUCCGAAAGACAAGCGAAAAACGAAGAAGAGUAAGAAACAGCGUUGGAACGCGACGGAGGAAUUCGUAGUAUGUACGCGGAAGUGGCCGCACGCGUCGACCGAAACGAAUAUAGUCUAGCGGCGGCGAAUGAAUUUACUUCAACGAAUCGCUUCUCCCCGGUUACUUGCCAGUGAGUUUUCGCGCCGGGGGAUCGUCGCAGGAACGAUGCACCACGAUGCACAAAAGGGUAUCAGUAGUGAUGCACAUGCAAAACAUCAAUUUCUAAGAAUCAUAUGUGUAUGGCAGUUAUUGUUUAUAAGUUUAUCGCGAUACCAGACACAGUUCUCUGGACAUAACCAAGAUCUAUGAAAAAUGGUUGACAUCAAGAAUAAUGUUAAUGAUGCACACGAUUGCAAUUAUGAGUCAAGGAUGCGAACUGAUAGCUGUGGAACAAUGACAUCAACUCCUUCUUCGUCGUCUGAUUAUAUGACAGGGGAAGCAGAUGACAGUUCAGAUAGCAAAGGUCAUACACCAUUUAGUUUAAAAUCAGUGGAAACUACACUUUCAUUGUCUAAGACAACAUGUGCAGAGGAUCUUAAAGAAAUGGUAGAAAAAUGUAAGCAAAUGGUAUUGGAAAGCGCCGAAUGUUCAGAUGAACGAAAAUGGCUUGUUAGACGCUUAAUUGAAUUACGUUUGAGGUUGCAAGAAUUGCGAGAAACUUCAGAAAAAAAUUUAAUUGAAACACAAGUAAUUUUAGGGCAUCACUUGGUACCACAAAAAUAUUAUAUAACCACUUCUAGACCUGUGUAUUGCGACCAUUGUAGUGGAGCUAUUUGGACUAUGCUUCAGUCAUGGUAUAUGUGCAGUGAUUGCAAAUUUUGUUGCCAUUGGAAAUGUUUAAACAGUAUAUGCAGAGUGUGCGUCCACGUAGUUGCCAGCGAAGCGGGUGGUUACACUUAUACCAAAGAUAUUUGUCCAGAGCAAGGCUUGUCGAAUCAGAGUUAUCGGUGUGCUGAAUGUAAAGCUCGAAUAACGUUCACUCUCUCAAAAGGAUUAUCUUUAUCUUGUUUUGGCACAUCUCUCAAGAAUACAGAUUCACCGUGGAUCGAGCCACGACUUUGCGACUACAGCGGAUUAUAUUACUGUCAAAGAUGCCAUUGGAACACCGCAAUGGUGAUUCCUGCAAGAGUAAUUAGAAAUUGGGACAUGGAACCAAAACUCGUAUCUCGCGCCGCGGCGCAACUUUUAAGUCUUCUGGAGGACCGUUCCGUUUUACCAUUGGAAGAAUUAAAUCCAAAACUAUUCACGUUAAUUCCAGAUCUAUCUUUAGUAAAGAGGAUGCGGGAAGAAAUGCAGAUGAUGAAACGCUAUUUGGUUCUGUGCCCUGAAGCAACCAAUCAAGGCCUACCAUGGAAAAUUGGCAUGCGUACUCAUAUGAUCGAGAACUCUGGAAAUUAUUCUAUCAAAGAUCUCGUUGACCUCAACAAUGGUAUUCUUCAGGAAGAAAUUCGUGCCGUAUACGACACUAUGCACUCUCACAUAACAGAGCAAUGCCAACUGUGCAAAGCGAGAGGACACCUGUGCGAAAUAUGCGGCAACGACGAAAUCAUUUACCCGUGGAACGCGAGUUCUAUAACUUGUCAUCAGUGUGGAGCUGUCUAUCAUCGUGUGUGUUGGACGAAACCAAAUCACUGUUGUCCGCGAUGCACGAGACUUCAAAAGCGACGCGCGAUGCAGGAUCAACGUACUACGGACACGGACGACUAUACCACGGAAAACGGACUGACCACGAGUGAAUCCCUGAGCGACGAAACAUAAACACUACGUAUCUUUUCUAUCGUGAACAUUUUCCGGAUCUCUCAGAACUUUAUACCCUUCAUGCUUUCUCCUUAAACAUAUUACUAACUGUAAUUACAGUGUUGCGAGUGUGAUGUAAGCACAAUACGUUGUGCGACCUUUUGUAAAAUAAAGCUUACCAGUAAUUCAUA